GAUUUAUAUUUCGAAACUGGAAACUGCACAAAAUUUAACGUUCGUUUUAACCUGCAAUUUGUUCCCAGCGAGUGAGUGAGCUUCAACUUUGGGUCGUAUUGAAUUCAAUCACACAAAGAAACAAGUAAAACAACGCUUAUUAGGAUAACUGUAUAUUUGCUUCAAAAGAACGGACUCCCGUUAUUCUUUUGAUCUUCGCCGCAUUGCUCCUUAUCGGGUACCUGGCAACGUGGUACGCUCUUCCAGUGGUGUUUCUCCGCGGUACGGUAGUCAGUGCAUUUGGUACGAGGCACCUCUUCAGUUUUGUAGAGUCAUUUUUUUCGGUGGAUUCCAUCAACCAAGGUCCAAGAAUCUGCAGUUGUUCACCCUGAUCCAUCUUAGCCCCUGAUAAUGUCCAAGAUCAUCACAGUCUUUGGUUCCACAGAACCCCAGGGACACUCCUUGAUACUGUCUCUCCUCAAAGACCACAAGUACACCAUCCGAGCUGUCGUCACACGGAAAACAUCCUCAUCGGACCAAGCCAGCAAGCUUCGCGACCUCGGUGUCCAACUCUUCGAAACAAACCUAGACGAUCGACAGAGUAUCGCGACUGCACUUGAAGGAGCUUAUGGAUGCUUCCUCUUUACAGAAACCGACUUUGGUGCUUCAAAUCCGGAAGAGCACGAAUACCAGCAGGGUGAGAAUGUUGUCGAUGUUGCCAUGGUGAAGAAAGUCCAGCAUAUUGUUUUCAGUACGCUUCCGUCUGUUCGUCAGGCCAUCGGGAUCUCGGCAGCGAACUGUGACGCCAAGGCCCGCAUUAAUGAUUACAUCAAUGAACGUGAACUUCCCAGGACAAGUGUCAUCUUUCCUUUUUCGUAUCAGAACCUCACAACAGUUUUUAAGCCAAAGAAAUUACAGCAGCACGUCUAUGGAUUAGGAAUUCCAAUGUUGAACACCUCCAUCAAUAUGUUCGAUGUUAACCAGGCUGGCCCCCUGCUUCAUUACAUCUUUGACAACCCCGCCCAGACGAUGAAUAAGACAUUUAAUGUGGUCGGAGACAAGUUACGAGUCGAUGAGAUAGCUCACAUAUUUGCCAAAGUUCUCAAGCCAAAUGAGUUUAAAGAUAUGAAGAUGCAGGUUGAGGAGUUCCGAAGGCUUCCGGGGGAAGGCAUCGAGGAUCUCGGAAACAUGUUUGAGUACUUUGCCAGGCACGAUCUUCGUUUCAAUAUGGAGACUACGAAGAAGAUGCUACCAAACGUGAAGAACUUUGAACAGUGGGUAGUAGAAAAUAAAACAUCGCUCUAUGCAAUACUGAACUGAGGAGCUAGUUAUGAUGUUGAUCGCUGAUACCAAAGAACUAUUGACCCAUUGUCAUGGUGCCUUUUUAUACCAAAAAUGAUGAAAAUGGUGAAGUUACAGUGUGUGUAUAUUGCAUUGGGAUACUGCAGGAAAUGCAAUCCUCCCUUGUUACAGAGACAAGUUUUAUAGAAAGAGAGAGAGAGAGAGAGAAAGAGUGUGUGUGUUAGUAAGAGGAGGAAAGGUUGAAAGCAGAAAUAAGACAAAUUAUGGAAAGAAAGAGAGAGAAAGAAAGAAAUUAAGAAAGAAAGAAAGAAAGAAAGAAAGAGAGAAAGAAAGAAAGAAAGAGAGAAAGAAAGAGAGAAAGAAAGAAAGAAAAGGAGAAAGAAAGAAAGAAAGAGAGAAAGAAAGAAAGAAAGCAAGAGAGACAGAAAGAAAGAAAGAAAGAGAGAAAGAAAGAAAGAGAGACAGAGAGAGAGAAAGGGAAUAGUGAAAUAUCAAAGAAAAGAUGAAACAGAAAUUCAUGAUGUAAAUUAUGUCAUAAUUCAGCUUUUUCUUUUGUAGUUUUAUUAUGUGAUAUUUUAAAAUAUUUUAAAAGAAUUAGGAUCAUUCUCUUUUUCACUGCCAAGGGGAACCUUAGAGUUAUUUUUAUCGAUAACCUUUUCAUCAUCCUUUUAUUGAACCUUGAUGAAAUUUAAGUCUUGUGUCAAAAGUGUGCUACUAUUAUGUAAAUUGUGUGAUAUAUAAUGCAAGAAUGCAAAUAUGCUGAAUCAUAUUUUCAUUUAUGCUUUUUUUAGAUUUUUAUAAUGUCAGUAUUUAUAAUGUAAUGUACCACCUUGUACAUGUAUAUUGUAGAAAGUGUAGUAAAAUGGAUGAUCAAG